GUCAAAACAAAACACGUCGAACUUUUUGUUUUUAUUUUAUUUGUUUUCGACUUAACUGUAGAAAUGUAAAUAAAAGCUCAAUAAAAUAUAACCAAGCCUCCGUCAGUAUAAAAUGAUAAAUCAUGAUAUAAAGUUUUUAACUAGCGAUGAUUCAGUCAUUGUAAAAAACGACGACUUCAAAACUUUCAAAUAUGAAAGUAAGAAAAAAAGCGAGGAGUCUGUUUACGACCAGGCUAAAAGGAGUUACUGUGAGCGUAGAGGUGGGAAGUGGCGAGUGCCUAAACCUCGUUUGAUGCGAGAAUUGGAGAGCAAACUGCGAGAGAGAAGCGUGGUGCUGUGCGAAUGGCUGAGUGAAACCAUCGUUGUUAUCGUGUUCUCUUCUGGAAGCAUCGCCUAUUUGACUGUGAACCCGGACACUUUGGACCUGACACAGAUACUGUUUGACCGCUACUGUAUUGGAAAGCUGUCGGGCCAGUCUGUUACUGGUGUUGUAUUCAGUUCAACACACAUCCUAUUCACUCACACAGACUGCUCCGCUACUUUAAUAUCGUUUGGUAAAGUGGUCCCCCCGGGCGUCCUGAGCCGCAUCUCAGAUAGAAACCCACAUGUUCAGACCAUAGAGCUAGCAGACGGCGCGCGCAGAGCGGAGCGGAAGGUGUCAUGGAGCGCCCCCUCAGCCAGCGCCCCCGCAGUUGCCGCCCCCUUGGCUGCCGCCCCCGGGCCACGCGUGCUCGUGUGGACGGCGGCCGGCGCCGAGCCCGCCCCCUGGAGCCCCGCCGCGGAGGUGCGCGCCAACUUGCAUCUGUAUCAGCUACAUGGGCAGCACAUGCACGUGGUGGCGUUUCACCAGCUUGAGGGCGAGACGCUACUCGCGGAGGUGUCGCGCGCGCACUGCAACAUAGUGCACAUCGUGGAGCAAACCACUAGCCAUAAGAACGGAGUGACCCUCGAUUGGCUUCGCUUCGACGUACCCCCCCUAGAAGAGGGGGUGAUAAGGCUGUCCACACACCGCGCGGGGGAAACCCGGGCUUCCCUCCCCGCCGUGGCGCGCGCGGCGACACGGUCACCGUGCGGGCGCCGGCUGGUGGCUAGCUGUAUCGACGGCACGCUGUGUCUGGUGCAGCAGGGGGCUGGAUUGACGCAUAGUGUUAAGGCUGGGUUUGUGCCUCUAUCAGCUCACUGGGGCGCGUCCGUGCUAGUGGCGGCGGGCGAGGCGCGCCUGCAGUGCUUCGACCGCGCGCUCGCCCCCGCGCCCGCGCCCCGCCACGUCGCCCCCAGAGACCCCCCUCGCCUGAAGGUCCUCAGUUCGACCCCCGUCCGGGGCGGCCUGAUGUUGCUGACCUCCUACUCCGGGACCACGCUCGCGCUACAGAGGAUCACGCAUCCACAGUUUCCAAUGGCGUGGAUCCGCUUGGGGCGGCUGCCCCGCGCCGUGGCGCACCUCCAGGCGAUGGACUGGGAGCAGGAGCCGGACCAGUGCCUGCACGCCUUCCAGACUGUCACAUUGUCAGCAUACCGGCACCGCCUAGACAGCGCUAGGUCCGCGGUGGUGCAGGCGGCCGUGGGCGCCGCGCUGGCCUCGCCCGCCGCCGCGCGCGCCGCCCGCCGCUUCCACACGCAGCUACUGAGACACGGCCGCCUAGACAAGGCCCUCCACCUGGCCAUAGACAUCGCCAGCUGGGACGUGUUCCUGGACUGCCGCUGGGCGGCGGCGCGCGCCGGGCGGCCCGCCCUCGCCGCCGAGGCGCAGGAGUUGGCGCUGCAAGCCAGGAGUAAUAGCGACGUAUCCAGCUGGGACGUGUUCCUGGACUGCCGCUGGGCGGCGGCGCGCGCCGGGCGGCCCGCCCUCGCCGCGGAGGCGCAGGAGUUGGCGCUGCAGGCCCGGAGUAAUAGCGAUAAUCGUAUAACUGGGAGCCCUAUCCACCUGGCCAUAGACGUGUCCAGCUGGGACGUGUUCCUGGACUGCCGCUGGGCGGCGGCGCGCGCCGGGCGGCCCGCCCUCGCCGCCGAGGCGCAGGAGUUGGCGCUGCAGGCCAGGACCAAUAGCGAAUCAGAAUGCUCCACCGACUGCUCAUGCUGCUCCUCAACUUGCUCCCAGUCCUCUUGCUCGAGCAGCCCCGCCCCCCGGCCCCCGCAGCCCCCGCCCCCGCUGCCCCGCGUGACCACCGUCCCCGUGCCCAUCCACCAGCCAGAGCCAACCUCCACACACAGCAUCCGACCCAACCUACACCAGUACCUAGAACGAGACCUCACCAUAUGGAACACCGAGGUCAAACCACCCAAACCGACAGUCAAAUGGCGAAGCAUGGAUAACAUGCUGGAUGAUACGCAAGGAAUAUCCCGAGUGCGUAGCCUAAUGACUAUAGAUGAAAGACCUUGGAUGUCCUCAGUCAUAGAUGUGGUGCCACGGCCGUAUGACGACAAAAUGGCGACGUUGAACUACAAUAAUCUGUAUCAGAGAGAGCUGAAAGAGACAGAGAACACGAUGUACAGACAGCAGAGCAGGUUCGCUGCGGGUGAGAGAGGGAAGGAGAGGGGGAGGGGAGGGGAGAAGAAUGUCAAGUUCUCGGAUACGGUCACCAUUGCUGUUGUGCCGGAGCCCCCCGGCCCGUCCCCCGCGCGCGAGCUGGCGGAGAGCCUGCCGCUGUGCGCGCCGCACAACUACCUCGCCGCCUUCGAGCCCGCCGAGACCCCGGCAAAACCGCCACCGCCUAAAAUAAAAGUAGUUCACUUCGGUAUGGUAUAAUCAUAGGAGUAAGUAGUUAUAAACUAGGAUUAACUAUCAUUAUAAGUUAAGCUAAAAUGUGAAACUUAUCCGUCCAGUACUUAGCUUUAAGCUAACUUUAGUACCUAGCGCACAAUUUAAAAUAUACCUCAAAAUAAUAGAUUUAUUAAUUUUUAAGAACUCAGAACUAUGUUUAAUAAUUAUAAAUAUGAACUAUAAUA